AUGACAUCCUUUCUAGGCACUAGUGUAUCUACACCUGUAGCUGUGCUUCCAUCAAAGAAGUCAACUCCAUCUCCAGUUGUUUUAACUGUUGAAGUGGUUCUUCCACCUCUAGCAGUAUCCAGGGAUGAAGUUGUCCUCCCGCCUCCAGCUGUACGCUCUUGCAGCUCUUAUGUUGAAGUGGUCCCUCCACCGCCAGCUGUAUCCAGUGAUGAAGUUGUCUCCCCGCCUCCAGCUGUAAGCUCUUGCAGCUCUUAUGUUGAAGUGGUUCCUCCAGCAAACACAUCACAGCAAGAUUGCUCUUCAGUUGUCAGCAUGUCUACUGUUUCACAAUGA